CUCUUAGGUUCGACGAAUCGCUUCGUUUGAUGUCUUUCUCAACGAAACGCCGUUUUUUCACUCGGCCAACGCCAAGAGAGAUAAUCCCUCCACCGGCGUCUCCGUCUUCAACCCAUAGCUAGACAAUCCGCCAUUGCUUUUACGGUGAAGUCGGUUCAGUGUUGGAUCUUCAGCCAUUGGAAAGUUCCCCCUUUUUUCCUGUAUGCCGCCGCAGUCCGCUGUUGUCUAGAUUCUUUCACGGGAAGUUCUUCUAUGUCGGUGCGAAAUUGAUAGCAAUUGAAACCCCUGCCCGCGAACUGUUCGAAGAAAGCCCUGAAAGAGAGCAGGAAGCCGAGCAACAGAAGCUUAACAAUGGCAAAGAAACGGGGGAACCAGAACAGAGGGCCGACCGGAGCUCCAGUCUCACUGAGGGAAGAGGCCACCGGCCUUAAACCGACCGCCACCAAGAGCGGCGCCGCCGAACACACCAAGUCCGUACUGAAGCUUCAGCACUUGCGGAAGCUGGCCGUCUGGGCUGCAGGGGAGGGCUCCGUCCCCUCUCUGGGGGCAUUCUUCGGCCGGCGUUUGGCCGCCGUGGGGGAGUCCUCGGGGGAGCCUCCUGAUCCUUCUCUAUUCUCCUGUCAGAGAUGUGAAACGAUUCUUCAACCAGGGUAUAGCUGCACAAUCCGUUUGGAGAAGAACAGAGCAUCGGCACGGCGCCGGUGCAAGAAACCUAGGACUCCCCCCCAGAACAAUGUGGUCUACACCUGCCAUUUUUGUUUGCAUAGGAAUCUGAAACGAGGGACCCCAAAAGGACAUAUGAAGGAUUUGUAUCCUCCCAAAAGCACAGCUCAGCCAAAGCCAAAACCUUUGAAAUCUACCGUCCAGAUGCCUUGCAACUCAGGAUUGGAGAUUGGUGCUGUUGAUGAGAUCAGUAGGACAGAGAUCGGUUCACCAGUAGUGAAGGGAGAGGUGGAAAGUCCUGUGACUCCAUCAACUAAGUUGUUGGAUUCAAAGAGGAGGAAGAGAAAUCGCUCAGGAUCUAAGAAAGUGGCAGAAGCUGAAAGUCGAGGUGCCGAAUCAAGCGUCACUGCUACUUCUAGCAAGAGGAGGAGAAACAAUUGGAACAGCCUCAAGAAAAUUGCCGAGAGCUGUGAACACAAUAGGAACAUUGCUAACUUGAAAAUCCCAUUGUUCAUGUGAAAGCGGGCGAAGAUUUUGAUCAAUUUCUGUGUCUUCUUACCUGAUUUGCAGUUAGCUUAGCAAAGCAGCCUUUCAAGGUGUGUCCUUUCCUUUUCAGCCUCCCGGCAAAUUUGAUCCAAUGGUGUGGUGUCACCGCCGGUGGGUGCGGAGACCCUGCAAUCUCAUAUCAAUCGAACCCUUUGAACUUCGAAAACAUUCGCCUUUGCAAUCGAAGUUGCUGCAGGAUCAAUGCCUCAGUGUGCUGUUUUAUUUAAUCGAGACGUGUUUCUGUCCA